GCCGGGCCAGGAGGGAGGGGAGCCGUCUUCCCCGCGACUGCGCCUUGGGCAGCCUUUCUGGGGUGUCCCUGAGGAUAACCCCGCACCCCCAGGUGGCUGGAGGGCAAAGCCAGGAGCACCGACACGACCAGGGCGAAGGGCACACGUUUUCCCGCCUGGACCCGAGCGGCUACGGACCUCAGCCAUCCCGGCGCGCCGCAGGCAGGGGCGGCUCCGGCCACCGCCCCAAAGACCCCAGACCCCGUCUCCACCCGGGAACUCGGGGCUCCCGCACUGGGGGGCUGCGGCCGCCGGGCUCGAUUAGGCCCCGGCUGCCACCAGAGGUCGCCACGAGCCCCCGCCCCCGAAACUCCUCCGGACCUCCGGGACCAGAACCCGGACAACCUCCUGGGGCCCUCGGGGUUCCCCGCCCCACCGGGCCACGGCCCGGUGCCGGGACUUCGGAGGCAGGGGCCCCGCCUACCUGAGGGUCCCGGCCUGGCGGACGCUCGCAGUAGGAACACUUCCGGCGGACGCAUGCACUUCCGGCCUCCGGGAGCCAAUGAGGAGUUAGAGUUGUGCUGUGAAACCCUGGUUCUGGCCCAGCACCGAGAAGCCUUUGCUGUGGUGGGAAUGGUUCCAGUGACCCACCUUGCACAACACUUCAGGUCCACAGAAUUUCCUUUGUGAAAACAACAAGCAAAGUGUCGGAGUUUGCCAUUCAGAUCAGCAACUGCAAAUUCUUAGCAUGGAAAAUUCAAAGAUGGAAGUGGUUCUCCUUGCUUGUGGUUCCUUUAAUCCUAUCACCAACAUGCACCUCAGGCUAUUUGAGUUGGCCAAGGACUACAUGAACGGAACAGGAAAAUACAAAGUUAUCAAAGGCAUAAUUUCUCCUGUUGGUGAUGCAUAUAAGAAGAAAGGACUUAUCUCUGCCCACCACCGAGUUAUCAUGGCAGAACUCGCCACCAAGAGUUCAGAAUGGGUGGAAGUUGACACCUGGGAGAGUCUUCAGAAGGAAUGGGUAGAGACGGCUAAGGUGCUAAGACACCAUCAAGAGAAACUAGAGGCCGGGAGCUGUGAUCACCAGCAGGAUUCACCUGUGCGGGGAAGGCCUGGACAGAAAAGGAAGUGGGCUGAACAGAGACAAGAUUUUAGUCAAAAGAAAUCACUAGAGCCAAAAACAAAAGAUGUGCCAAAGGUAAAGCUGCUGUGUGGGGCAGAUCUACUGGAGUCCUUUGGCGUGCCCAAUCUGUGGAAAAGUGAGGAUAUCACCCAAAUUGUGGGAGACUAUGGACUUGUAUGUAUUACUCGGGCUGGAAAUGAUGCUCAGAAAUUUAUCUAUGAAUCCGAUGCACUGUGGCAGCAUCGGAACAACAUUCACCUGGUAAAUGAAUGGAUCACCAAUGACAUCUCCUCCACAAAGAUCCGGCGAGCUCUCAGAAGGGGCCAGAGCAUUCGCUACUUGGUACCAGACCUUGUCCAGGAGUAUAUCGAAAAGCAUGAUCUGUAUAGCUGUGAGAGUGAAGAAAGGAAUGUCGGGGUCAUCCUGGCUCCUUUGCAGAGAAACACUGCAGAAGCUAACUCAUAAAUCCUACAGCAUGAUAUUUUGGACUUCCCUGAUGGGUAUUUGAAACCGUCUGCGUGUCAGUAACUGGGAAGAGGAAUUGUGAUCCUGUUUCAUAAACUAAAGCAUUUUAAAUGUUUGAUAAAGAUCAGGGAUCCCUGGGUGGCACAGCGGUUUGGCACCUGCCUUUGGCCCAGGGCGCGAUCCUGGAGACCCAGGAUUGAAUCCCAUGUCGGGCUCCCAGUGCAUGGAACCUGCUUCUCCCUCUGCCUGUGUCUCUGCCUCUCUCUCUCACUGUGUGCCUAUCAUAAAUAAAAAAAUAAAAAUAAAAUAAAGUUUGGUAAAGAUCAGUUUCAUAGUAGAUUAAAAUCAGGUUUAGGGAUCCCUGGGUGGCGCAGCGGUUUGGCGCCUGCCUUUGGCCCAGGGCGCGAUCCUGGAGACCCGGGAUCGAAUCCCAUGUCAGGCUCGCGGUGCAUGGAGCCUGCUUCUCCCUCUGC